UUGUCUCGGCCUCUGAGGCCGAAGCCGGAGGCUAAAGCAGAGCCCAAAUCCACCGCUCGGGCCAAGGUUCGGGAUUGUUCAGGAUCAAGAAAGCGUCGUUUCGGGAGGGGUCAGGAGGGGUGUCGGCUUUUUGUACAACCCGCGUCGAAAGAGAAGGAGGAUCCAAUCGAUGGAAUGUUGGGACAUGCUGCGGAAGAAAACAAAAAUCUUCUUUGACAAGGACUUUGGCUCAAACCCGCGAAAGACAAUACGACAAUGCGCCAUCAUGGCACCCAGCGACGCCCGAAGGGCCACACGCGACCCACAAGUUUUAAAGAGGACCUCCCAGCAUGUCACGGAUCUCCAGAUCAAGCCAUUUGGAUCCCGAAGUUGCUUUGCUCUCAGCACUGGAUGAGGCCACAUACUUUGAUGUCAACCGUGUGCUCCAACCAUAUGUCCAAAGGUUGAGGCGCGACCCUCGACGCAUCACAUCGGUGUUCAAAGGCAUUGCACGUGCAGAUGUUGCAGUCAAAGUGCUUGACGUGUUACGGGCCUCCAGAUUAGAAAUGAAUUUGUUUCACUUCAGUGCUUUGAUUGGAGCUUGUGAAAGAAGUGGCAGCUGGGAGCUUGCCAUAGAAAUUCUCUCAGAUAUCAUGCUCGCACGGCAACAGCCAGAUGUGAUGUGCUACAUGCCUGCUCUACGGGCUUGCCAGAAGAGAAGUGCUUGGAUGCAAGCGAUUCAUCUCUUCCGAACUAUGCCUACGACACAAGCCACUCCUGAUGCCAUCUCUUACAAUGCAAUGAUCGGCGUAGCCAAGACCGUUGGGAAUUGGCGCCUGGCUAUUGGAUUCCUAGAUGAGAUGUUCCACUGGCAAAUCUCUUCUACAACGCUCAUGGCAGGUUCUGUAAUGACUGUAUGUCAAGAAGCCAGUCAGUGGCACGCGGUGUUGAAGUUGUUGGGGCGGCUGCCGCUUUUGCGACUGACACCGGAUCUUGUUUGUUUCAACAUCGCCAUCAGCUCAUGCGAAGGUAUUGGGACUUGGAGACUAGCUUUGUCUUUGCUCGAGGGCAUCCUUGGUCAAUCCCUUCGAGUCAAUGCUGUAACCUUCAAUAGUGCAAUCACUGCAUGUGUCAAAGCGAUCCAGUGGCAGGCAGCAUUGAGCCUUCUGUGGCAAAUGCCAUCGGGGCUUCCGGAUGUUAUCAGCCUCAAUGCUGCGAUUGCUGCGUGCAGUCAGCAGUGGCAGUAUGCUGUAGAACUCUUCGCUAGGAUGGCCGAGCAUCCGGACCACAGAUACCAUAAAGGGAAUUGUAUGAUCAAGGUGCCCUUCCCAUCUCCAGAUGACAUCACAUACAAUUCUGUGAUAACUGCGUGCGAGAAAGGAGGGAUGUGGACUUUGGCCCUGCACUUUUUUGCGAAGAUGCAAAACCGGUUGAAGCCCAACAGUGUGACAUAUCAAGGUGUCCUCAGUGCAUGUGAGAGAGAGUCUCAGUGGGAGACUGCUUUGGCCUUCCUCACUCUGCUGAUCUCAAGGCAGGAAUUACCUUCAGCGAUGCACGCAGGAUCGGUCAUCCAUUCACUUCUCAAAGUUCAAAGCAAAAGUGAGAUGGUGCCACGGAUCGACCCGCUCUUGCAUUGGCUACGAGAGGUUUGGCAAGUCCAGGCAGCAGCGAUGACGUCAAAGAAGCUUGGGGAAUUGAAGGAGGUGGUCGCAAGCUUGCCAGGUUUGGUGGUGGCCUCCAAGCCCCCUGGUGUGAGUACUGAAGAUUUCCGAGACCUACUCGCCAAAGAGCUGAAGCUCGAGCUCUCCAUCGUUUCGCGCCUUGAUCACCCCACCUCUGGAGUUUUGCCGCUAGUGGUUGGGAACGACUCACCAGGUGAUCGGUGGGUGAGAGCACAGUUUGCGGGGCGCAUGGUUUGCAAGGAGUAUGCUUGCCUUUGUGAGGGCCCAUCCCUCGGAGAUGUUGGGUAUCAGGGCCAGAUCUCGGUCCCCCUGCGGACUUUGCAAAUUGACGAGACCUGGCAGAGCGAAGCGUGUGAUUUGGGCGAUGGUUCUGAAGCUGUCACGGACUUCGAGGUGAUGGAGAGAUAUCUUCCGCCUUUCUCUGAAGAAAGUGCCCAAGGGACUUCUGAAGGAGAAUUGAAAGAGCUGAUUUUUCUCAAGGUUUUCCCCAAAACUGGGCGACGACAUCAGAUCCGCGUCCACUUCAGCAGCUUAAGCCGGCCACUGGUUGGGGAUUUGACCUACGGUCCUGGGCUUGGAGGAAGUUUGCUUCCCACAGAAAGGCUGUUUUUGCAUUGUAGAUCCCUUUCGUUUUUGGACUUGGAGGGCAAAAGCUUUCAAGUGAACUCUUCUUUGCCGGAAGAGCUUCUUGACUUGCUCCAGACUUUGGACAAAAUGGUGCCAGGCCAGGGCAUUUGUCAGUCCACGAGGCCCAGUUGCAUCACAGCCAGUGGGUUUCCACCUUCGGCUCCCGUACCCCAGUCCCUGCCAGUCCCUCACACCUUGCCUCCCAAUAGUGCAGGGUUUUCGGGGCCAAGAGGUUCAACACUUUUUGCACCAUGUGUUCAGAGCAGCGGUGCACUGGAGGCCAAAAAUCCAAAAGGUGGCACUGGACGCUGUUCUGAGGCCAUGCAGUUUGCGAAGAACGUUCCGAAGCCGAAGCUUGUACCACCCAAGCAGGCUUGGACUAUAGCUUCGAAUCGUAGCUGCAAAAGCAUGAAACGCGAGUUCUUUGUUGGCGCAAGACUUGUCUGGAGACUCACUCUUGGGGCCCGGCUAGGGGACGCAGAUGUGAAUGCUGAAUGUAACAAUGAGGUAAUGUUCUGA